AAAAGCAGCUUCAAAGGGGCCCAUGACAUGUCCUCUCAAAGAAGUCGUGAUUUUCAUCUUUCUUCACUGCACUAAACCCCAUUCUUUCACCUUCCUUUCCUCCCCAAAUUGUCAUUUCCAUUGUCCCCAAACCACUAACUUAAUAUCUGGAACCUUCCACACCAAUUACCUUCUCUGCAAUAUAGCCAUGGCUACCGUGUCCGGCGAAUUUCAAAUCAAUUCCGGUCAGGCAACCUCGUCGGCAAGGAGAGCCGGGGUCGUUGGUGAUCAGCAGGAGAAACAGCAGACAACGCCGCUGAGCAGGUACGAGUCACAGAAGCGGCGAGACUGGAACACCUUCGGCCAGUACCUGAAGAACCAGACACCUUCUGUUUCUCUCUCUCAAUGUAACUACAACCAUGUCCUAGAAUUUCUGCGAUACCUCGAUCAGUUCGGGAAGACUAAGGUCCACUUACAUGGCUGCGUGUUUUUCGGCCAACCCGACCCGCCUGCCCCUUGCACCUGUCCCCUCAGGCAGGCCUGGGGAAGCCUGGACGCCCUCAUCGGACGUCUACGGGCCGCCUUCGAAGAGCAUGGAGGCUCACCGGAGAAUAAUCCUUUCGGAAGUGGAGCUAUUAGGGUGUAUCUGCGUGAAGUGAAGGAGUGUCAGGCAAAGGCAAGAGGAAUUCUGUACAAGAAGAAGAAGAAGAAGAGACCCCAAAUUAAGGGACCUGAUCACACAGCCAAGACUCUCAAGCAAACGGCUUCUUGAUAAAACGUAACUAUGUGCGCCUCCCUCAGCUUUCGUUUCAGGGCUAUACGAAAGACGAAGAAGCUGGAUUUAGCAGAACUGUUAUAUGGAGAAGGGAAAGAAGAGCAUUGGCUGAUGUGCUGCGUCAUCCACGUAUUUCGGCAAAGAGAAGGGAAAGAAAAAUCAAUGUGUGGUUAAGUAAUAAUGCAGAGAAUUUAUAGUCUCGGUAAAACCACCUUAAUUAAUUACUCUGAUUACUACUCCUGCUGUCUUCCCAUGCAUAUUUAUAUGUAUAUGUUACAUUGUUACCUAUGGAUAUUAGAUAUUAAUGUUAGCUUAAAAUAUCCCAUCAAUUAAGGCAAAUUAA